UUUGGGUGAAGAUGAACGGCUUUGGCAGCAUGGACGCUACACAAUACGAUGGUUACAUUGAGCAUAUGAGGCAGCUGGAAUAUCCCAUGCUCAAAGGAACGACCCUCUACAGCAAAUCCCUACUCGAGGCUUUCACAUGCGACAUGAUGAGUAACCUUUACGGCAAUCCACACUCUGCCUCGCAGGCCUCGCAACGAAGCACCCACCAGGUACAAGACAUCCGACUGCAACUCCUUCGUCUCUUCCACGCGAAUCCUGACGAUUUCGAUCUGGUCUUUGUCGCCAAUGCCACGGCAGGCAUCAAACUGGUCGCCGAUGCUCUCCGCGAACACGAGUCGGGUUUCUGGUACGGCUAUCACAGGGAUGCGCAUACCAGUCUGGUUGGUGUGCGUGAGCUGGCACAAAGGCAUCACUGCUUUGCUGAAGACAAAGAGGUGGAAGACUGGAUUGAACAAGGCGGACAAAAUACACAAAAUCGCCUUGGACUUUUCGCCUACCCGGCGCAGUCCAACAUGAAUGGCCGUCGUCUGCCACUUGAUUGGUGUGGCCGAAUGCGAAGUCAGGGUAUGCUGACACUGUUGGAUGCUGCUGCACUCGUCUCAACUUCCCCUUUGUCCCUGGCCAAUCUCGACACAGCCCCUGACUUUACAGUCCUCAGCUUGUACAAGAUGUUUGGUUUUCCAGAUCUCGGUGCUUUGAUCGUUCGCAAAGAUGCGGCGUGGGCUUUACAGAAGAGAAGGUAUUUCAGUGGCGGCACUGUCGAUAUGGUUGUGUCGUUGAAGGAGCAGUGGCAUGCCGUCAAGUCUGCUCAUCUGCAUGAACAAUUCGAGGAUGGCACUCUGCCCAUUCACAGUAUCAUCGCCUUGAAAUCUGCUCNNCUGACAGUCCAUCACGACUUAUUUGGCACGUUGGAACGAAUCUCUGAGCACACAUCCUUCCUUGCCGAACGCCUCUAUUCUUCCCUGAAGUCACUACGCCAUGGCAACGAUGAACCAGUAUGUCAGAUGUAUAAGGAUCCGACUUCAGUUUACGGUGAUAAGAAUACCCAAGGUCCUGUCGUCGCCUUCAAUCUUCGCGAGGCUGAGGGCCGCAUGGUCAGCAAUCUGGAAGUGGAAAAGCUCGCUCAUGUCCGCAACAUCAACAUCCGCACUGGUGGCCUCUGCAAUCCUGGAGGUAUACAAUCCGCACUGAAUCUCUCACCGUGGCAAAUGAAGAAGAAUUUCUCCUCUGGCCAACGCUGCGGAUCCGACAAUGACGACGUUAUUAAUGGCCAACCUACUGGCAUGAUACGAGCUAGCCUGGGAGCCAUGUCCACUACGGAAGAUGUCGAUACAUUCGUCUCAUUCAUAACUGAGUUCUUCUUGGACACUUCAAAUACGCCAUUCGAACGGACUGAUUCUCCAGUAUUGUCGCUAGAAGUCCCUCUGUCAGGGCAGUUGCAUAUCGAGAGCCUGACGGUGUAUCCAAUAAAGAGCUGUGCUGGUUGGCAAGUUCCUGCCAACACUUCAUGGGAGGUACAACCACAAGGACUGGCAUGGGAUCGAGAAUGGUGCAUCAUCCACAAUGGAACCUCGGUCGCACUGUCUCAAAAGAAGUACCCGCGCAUGGCUCUCCUUCGCCCCAAUCUCGAUUUCUCAGCAGGAGUCUUGCGCAUCACUUGUGCGGUCCCCAUCAAAGACGCCACUCACACAGAAAUCAGCAUUCCACUCUCUGCGGACCCACGCUGCUUCACACCUCUAAGCAAAACCUCCACACCCACAAACGUCUGCGGCGACACUGUAGCCGCAAGGGUGUACGCUUCUCCUAUCAUCUCAUCAUUUCUAUCUUCUGUGCUGGGCGUCCCCUGCACACUCGCCCGCUUCCCAGCAACCUCUACCUCACGACACGCAAAACAGCAUCUUGCUCCCAAAACCAGCAGCAGCAAUGGCACACAAACACCACUGGCAUUCUCGAACGAAAGCCCUGUGCUGUGUAUCUCGCGCAUGUCGGUAAACGCACUCAACAGAGCUAUAAAAGCAAAAGGAGGGCCCGCGGUCCCGGCAUCUACUUUCCGUGCCAAUAUCGUGACUGCCGAGACCAAGCAAGAGCCUUUUGUCACCUUGGCAAAGACCAGACGAGAAGAUGGAAAAGUCUGGUUUGGCGUGCAUCUUGCGCUGAACAAAGGAGAGAAANAAGGAUGGGUUAGGAUUGGUGAUGAAGUUGUAGCCUCG